CUGGCUAUAUUUUAUUCCCUUAGCAGACGCCCUUGUCCAACGCGAACACAUCGCGCAUAUAGAAAGUAGGCUACUGCAGAGAAGUAAGGAUUAGAAUUACAGUUUUCUGAACGUGGUUUAGCUGUCGGAGUCAACGGUCUAAGUUUAACCCGGUGGUGAAGUUGAUUAGAGACACCGACCGAGCUGUCUGUGUCGGUGGGAGCUCCAGUAAACUGAAGACUUACAGUCGGUUGUCGCGCUUGACCGCUUACAAACAACACUAUUUUGGAGAGCCUUGUCGCAAUGGACAGACCAGCCUCCCUCCAGCACUACAAGGCCGCCAUGUUGCUGAGCGGGGCGGGAGACGCCUUGGGCUACCGGAACCAGCUGUGGGAGUAUAACGAGUCCGGGCCAGCCAUUCACCAGGAGUUGAAGAAGCUGGGCGGACUGAACAACAUCACAGUGAAGCUACCUGAUUGGCCAGUCAGUGAUGACACCGUGUUGCACCUGGCUACAGCAGAGGCACUAGCUACAGGGAAGGAAGGGGAGGAGCUUCUACAGGAAGUAGCGGCUGGCUACGUGGAGGCCAUGAAGGACAUGGAGGGCAGGAAGCCAGGGCCCUCCAGCAUUUUAGGGGUGUCCCAGCUGAGGCCGGCCUCUGCCGGGGGGUACCGGGUCCCCUACAACCCCGAAGGGACGGGCUGCGGAGCUGCAAUGAGGUCCAUGUGCAUCGGGCUGAGGUACCCGAACCCAGAGCAGCUCUCCACGCUGGUUGCCGUUGCCGUGGAGACAGGGAGGAUGACCCACCCUCAUCCCACUGGUUUCCUAGGCGCCGUGGCUUCAGCCCUUUUUACCUCGUACGCCGCCCAGAGACGGCCAAUCACCACCUGGGGGCGUGGCCUGGUCAGGGAAGCCUGUCCAAUCGCCAGGAGCUUGGUUCGGUCGCAGGGCUUCGCUGUCAAGGAGACGGAGAGAGACUGGAGCUACUUCUCUGAGAAGUGGGAGUGGUACCUGCAACAGAGGGGCCUCGCUGAGGGGGUGGGGCCAGUGCUGUGGCCCGCCCCCUAUGGGCCGACAGAGAGAGACGUGGCCUAUAAGAGCUUCAGCCUGUCCGGGUGGGCGGGGCGCAGCGGACACGACGCACCAAUGAUAGCCCUGGAUGCUCUGCUGGGGGCAGGGCCAGACUGGGAGGAGCUGAUGAGCAGGGCAGGGUUUCAUGGAGGGGACAGUGACAGCACGGCGGUGAUCGCCUGCUGCUGUUGGGGUCUCCUCUACGGCACGGAAGGGGUUGCCCCCAGCAACCACCUCCAGCUGGAGUACCGGGAUAGACUGGACAGUGCAGACAUACUGUACACCCUGUCUCACUGACCUGGACCAGCACACACCACAUGGAGAGAGCAGAGACAGGUAGAGGAGGAGAGUGAGGAGGGG